GUUGCGUCAAUGAGGGGAUAUGAGCUAGAACAAUUUCCAAGGUUUGUGCACAACUUCCUUCCGACAUCUAGCCAUUCCGCAUGGGAUUAGGAACCCUUUCUACCGUUGAGUGUGUGGGAGAAUGAGAUCAUCAUUGUCAGAAACACUGAUGUCAACGCAUACGACCUCUAGUUAUCGAAGCGUUAUUCUGAUUUUGCAGAAAUUCAGAUUAUUGAACACUUUUUUGUGGUAGCUUCCUCAUUCAAAGAGGGAAGUUAGAAAUCGUGACGGUCCCGACCUAGAGGAAGCUCCCGAGCUCGUUCUACCGGAUCUGUCAGAGCACAAUGUAGACUCUUCCGACCGACACAUGAGCGCCCCUUGCCUUCAUUUUGGAGGCUUUGUCCUUGGAGAAGUCUAUUUGGGCGCAGAAAUCAUUUGGUAAGGAUUUGGUAACCACCUUUUAUCCACCGAGACGAUCCCAGACUCCUCAAGGCCGAUUUGGAUCGGGGCCGGACCAACCGAUUGAGCUGCAAUGUUACCAUACAUAACAGCUUCGCGGCGUGGAAUUUAGGAGGCUUUUGACGAGAAGUUAAAAAGACAAACAAAUCCCGAGUUCCCACGCCUUGGGGUUUGCUAUCUUUGUUUGGUUCGACCAACAAUAGCGAAAAUGACCCAAUUUGAAGAUGUCAGCUAUUGAACUCAAAAUGCAUUUUGUCGUUCGCUUGGCACGAUUUCUUUUGGGUUUUAUCAAUCUUGAUUCCAGACUCCCGAAAAGGCCAAUUGCAUACCUGUUCCACCACAUUCGGCUUGGCUCUUCUUUUCAGCGAACAAAGAAAUGAUAUCAAAAUGCUCCUGCACAAUGGCUGACUUUUUCCAUAUCCGUGCCAUCCAAUUCUAAUUAAUUCCUGGGGAUAGGAACAUUGCUUUUGCGACAAGAGUCAUCCGAUUCCAUGGACAGAGAAGAUUUUGUUCAGGAACGUUUCAUUCAAACUUGUAAGUCCCAUUCAAUCAUUUGAUCGUUGAGCUAAGCCUAGGAAGGAGUGUACGGAUUCCGUUGAAUUAAGGCGCAUUUUUUCGGGUGAUCAAUGUUUUAAUCCGGCCAACUGCCAUUUCUAAAUGGUGGCUAUGCAAACAUCUUCAGAAGGCUCUUUUGAUUGAACACAGAGUGCGUCCUUGGUUGCACAGGUUAAUGGAUGCCGGCAUGGCCCGGGGCGCAUAUACUGACAAAAGAAAUGCCGUGCUGAUCAGCGGUUGUCCUGUGUCCAGUGCAUAAACGUCUCAUCGUUGGGUGAUAGCAAAGCCAUUUCAAAACAAAAAGUGCAACAGCAUCAGCAUGCCCAGAACAGCCAUAAGGAAUUGAGUACCUUUGAGUUGAUGCCUUCCUUUGCACAAGGAAGGGUAUUGAAGGACAUAAAUAGGUACAGUCACAUCAUCGCAUGCAGCUUAAUACUUCCUGGGUGGUGGGCAGAUAUUCUGCGGAUGAAUACAGCGUAUGCAAAGAAAGCUCCCACCUAGCGGUGGAAGUUGCAGGUUCAGGUCACGAGACAUGGAGCAGUUUUGGUGGUUGAUGCCUUCGACCUGGGGACAAGUUCUAACACUUUCCCCUUUGAGAUUAAGCUUUUGCCCCGGGUCUUGGCCAGUCACAGCCUUGGCGUGGUUAACCUUUUCAACAGAGCCGCAGCAGCACAAAGACUUCAUGGUAAUUCCAGCGAUCCAACACACAUCAUUGCAUCCCUAAAGAAGAGGAUAUACUAACAUUGUAGGCAUAUAUGCGUGCAUUUCUCUUAUCUGUCCCGUGAGGUUCCAUAGCGGAAAAUUCAAGUCAAGCAAGAGGCCAGACUCUCAGAAAUCCUCAGGGUAGUUCGUUCAGUUCUGUCAAGAACGAAGACUACAUGCUCUUGCACCCGAAUAUGUAACCCUGAAUUGGCAAAUCCGCGAUGUAUGGCGUACCAGUCCUUUCACAAUCACAAUGGGCAAUUCCCAAAGCCGAAGCAAAACCAUCAACCCUGAUCGUCAUCCGUUUCAGGAUGAGAAGCUACGGAUUUCCGAUAUCAGAGGGCCAAUAUCUUGGCUGAAUCCUACACAUGUUGUCUCCAAACCGUUUUCUUUUGUGCAUGCUCAAGAACACCCACCUGCUGAGAACAUACAUCCCACUGAAGAUCAGCAACGACAUGAAAGGAGAGUGAAAGGAGAUGUCAGAUACAAAUGGAGGUCACGAGAUAACAGAAAGGGUAGACAUGCACUAAUAGUUGAACGUCCAACGGAGCCGGGAAAAGGUGUACACAUCGUACCCAAACGGACGGACUCCUUUCAGGCAACGCUGAGAGGCAUCAAACGCAUGGCAGUGCAAUACCCCUAUUGGGAUAUCUCGUAUGUAACAGCAGUGGUUUUCGCGUUUGGUUCCAUUGUCUGGGUCAUAGACUCAUUCUUUGUUUUCCUACCACUUGUCCAACCAAAGUCGGAAUUGAAAUACGAAACUUUGAGCGCAGGGGGAGUGUCAGCCUUCGUGGGCGCAACAAUUUUUGAGGUGGGAAGCAUUUUGCUCGUACUAGAAGCAAUCAAUAUACAUGACACUGGCUGCUUUGGAUGGGCGCUGGAACAUGUCUUAUCAGAGAAAGGUGAAUCCCUGCUUCGAAUUUACCCUGAUCCGAAGAACUGCACCCACCAUCAUGUAAACAAGAGAAAUCUUGUAGGACGGGGUGGGAGGGAAACACCAAGUAUCGACGACUCGUCUGGUGAGCUAGCUCAAUCGACCACAGAGGUUCCUAGGUCACCGAAUUUCAAGUGGUUCCCAACACUGAGAGACCUUCGAACUCAUUAUAUUUACGAGCUAGGCUUUCUAGCUUCCUCGGCUCAACUUAUCGGGGCUACAAUAUUUUGGAUAGCUGGCGUUACCGCUUUACCUGGGAUUAACAACCAUCUUAGCGAAAAUCUGGCCGACGGCGUGUACCGGGCCUCUCAGAUAAUAGGUGGAGUGGGAUUUAUUAUGAGCUCGACGCUAUUCAUGCUUGAGACGCAGAAGAACUGGUACACUCCGGCUCUUCGAACACUGGGAUGGCACAUUAACCUCUGGAAUUUUAUAGGUUCAAUCGGGUUCACUCUCUCUGGCAUUUUUCUCCUUGCAUAUAACAACUCCGGUUUACAAUAUCAGGCCAGUCUCUCUACUUUCUGGGCUUCAUGGGCCUUCUUGAUCGCUUCGGUAAUUCAGUGGUAUGAGAGCUUGGAUAAGUACCCCGUCGAAGAUAGGGGAGCACUAGUUGAAGGGGAAAGUGAUAUUCAUGCAAACGCGGGAUAGGUCGUUAUUACGUUGUAUAUACGAUUACCCGGAUUGAUAUGGAGGCUGUGGAUUUGAAUUUUCGAUUAUCCUACGAUAUAAUACGGAGGAUUUGACUAGUCAUUCAACAAACGUUCAGGGAUACGUUGCCACACAAAAUAACUAUGGCAGAACCCAGCGAGAAGUCAAAAAGGGAAGAAGUUGCAAAAAAAGUUUAUACUCAAGAUCUGUUAAAUCUAUUUGGUAGUGCCACAGGGCAACCACAUAAAAUAUUAAAAUAGGUUAUAUACACCAAGGGGGGGAAAAUACAAGGGGACGAGGUAGAUCUAUCAUCUUGUCACCCGUCACAUUUGUAAACUAGGUGAACGGAGGGAGUGAAAGGAAGCGAAAUCCACACCCAUAACACCGCCCCAUAUCUAGAUUUCAUCUACCCACCCCUAUUUACUCCCAAUCCUUUUCAUCUCAUAUUUUACCCCUAGUGAUGAAUGGAUGCUUCAACGCUUCUGAAGGUGUACACCUCUUCUCGGGAUUGAUACUUAAGCACCGAUCCAACAGAUCAAUGAACAGCAUGAGCUCCUUCCCUUCUGAAUCACUCAUACCUUUCGAUCCUUUCCCCAUCAACCUCGUCUUCAAAUCCCUCGUCGGCUUCUUGAAGUCCAAGACUCUUGUCACCAUCCGGCCGGUGACUUUGUCCUCUUCCACGCUACGGAAGUUCAAAAAGUCGUCAAAAUGGAGAUAGGUAAGAGUGCCUCGCCGGAGGAAUUUGGGCGGGAGUUUUCCCCUGCAUUCCAUUAUGGAGCGGAGCAUUUGGUUGUUAGUGCGGCCUGUGAAUAGAAUCUUGCCAGUAUACAACUCGAAGAGAGUACAACCAAUGGACCACAUGUCAAUGGCAUAAUCAUAUGGAAUUCC